GUUUUAACAACGAGAAUGAUUUUCUUGAUCGAAAAAUCACAACAUGUGAAUUUUAUCAAUCUCAUUUUUAAUAGGAUUCAUUUAUUUCGCCGUAAACAGGAUGCAUUCGUGGAAGAAGAUCUCGUGUAUGUUCCUUCUUGGAACAGUGUGUUCGUUGAUUGACUGCUCGUCCGGGACAAAAUAGCGCACACUCACACUGUGGAUGAACUUCAAAAAGUGGAAUGGAUGAAAUGCACUUGUUCGUUCUUCGAAGCGGCUUUCCUCGUAUGUUUAGUAUGAACAUGUAACUACAGUUUUGAACGUUCUUGUUGAAGUAGCAAAGGAGCUGCAUGCUCGGACGAGGCUUACUCUAAGCAACGAGCGCUCUUCUACCGGGAAUGGAAAUUCUUCGUAAAAACAUUAUGUUGAGGUAGUAUCGACGCCUUCGAAAUGAAUUGUAAAUGUAUGACAUCAAGUCGCAGCUGCAGCUCAGUACCUCCUCAUGUCCCGUCCUCGCAAGAACUCCUACAGUUCUUCUCUCCUACGCUGACCUUCCUCUACUCGCCUCUCUUAGUAUGUACUCUCGCAUAAAAAUAUGUACUUGAGCAUUCUUUGUACAACAUGAAAUUACAACAGGCUCUAUUGAUUCUAGAAGUCUCAUCUAUCGCUUUGAUAGAUUGGAAUAGUGUGUGAGGUGGAUCAGAACUUACUCGAGUUCCUGUAACUAGUACGUACCUUUUGCUUCUCAUCCUCCUGUAGUACCUCGAUUUCGUUCGCAAGAGAAAAUGGACUAGCACCCACUGGUUCGUCAUACAGGAGUCAUCUGGAUCUGGACUUGUAGCAGAAUAACUUGGACGUCUAUUUUUAUAGUACAGUUUGUGUACACUCCCCGUCUUCAGAAUCGGUGACAUACAGAAACAAAAAUGAGCGCCAACAAGCCUGCUAUGGACCCUCUCGUUGCUCUCGCGGAGCUGAAAGCCAGGAUGGAGGAAGCGGCGGGCAAGUUGGAUGCUGAGAAACAGGCUAACGCGAAGGCUGAAACGGCAGGUGGAACCGGCAUUCCAACAAUCGGCGCCGCUUUGUCGUCUGGAGGGUGGCAACAAAGUUUCUCGACAGCAUCAUCUGGGGAGGAUAAUCCUAAAGAAAGUGAGAAGGGUAAUGCUUCGAAGAGCAAUCCGAGUCUGAUGUCAGCGGAAGCCUACACGCAGGCUCUACUGCAGAAGCAACUCGAGAGUUACACGUCGUUGUUGGGUGGCGUGAAAGAAGCCGGCGCGCACCCAGAUCCGGUAGCCCUGCAACUAGAUACGCAGUCGACCAUGAUGACUUUGCUCUACGCUCAAAACGCGUACGUCCUCGCAAGCGCAGAACUGCUUCGAGUCCAAACACUGAAGGAACAGAUCGGAGAUGCGAUCCAGAGUGAAAAAUGCAAUUUUGCGAUGGCUACACAGUGCGUGGGAGCCAGUCCUCUGGGGAAAAGCACCUCCGAUGAACGAAGCCGGACGACUGCAGUCAACGAAGAGUACUGAUUUGUUUUAUAGGGAGAAGAUGAUUAUAGAUAGAAGAUCAACCAUUCUUUCAUAUUGAAUUUGUACUCAAUUACACGACGUGGAUGAUUAUAGAAGAUCAACCACUCUUUGUUCAUAUUGAAGAAUUUGUACUCAAUUACACGACGUGGACUUCGUUAUUUUCAUCAAAGGAAUCGUAAUCAGGUAUGCCCGGUUUUUAAGGCAUCGAGCGUCGACUCUCGGCCAGGCGAAUAGUCCCAAAAACCGACCUGCCGCAGCAGACAAUCGUGGUUUUUUCGCUCGUUUUUGGAGCAAGAAAAACGAUGCUGAGACUGCAGGAGUUGCAGGAAAUCAAGGUCAAGGGACACAGCAGAAAGCAGGUAGUUCCUCUGCGUCUAAAAAGGACAGCAAAAAGAAAGGCAAAGUAGAAGAUAAAACGAAGAAGACGAAGAAAGAUAGUAAGUCCUCUUCAACAGGCUCGGGCGAAGGCACAGGAGCAGAACCUUCACCGCCAAAAGAGGAGAUCGCACGAGACGUGAAAGCGGGCACCCCGUAUGCGUUGAUGUUAGAGCAGAAAAAGGCGAAAGGAGAGACCCUCACUGCGCAGGAGGAGAAGGAUUUGAAGACAAUAGAAAAACUGAAAGCAAGAAACAGCUGGUGGCGUCGCUAUCGAGUGCCUAUGCUAUUGAAAGUCAUGCUGACCAUGGUCCUCCUCGAAGUAAAGCUGGGCUGGUUUCUCCUCUACGGACUUGUAGUCGGACUCUUUCUCUGUGGGUAAUAACAAUCGAUUUGAAUAGCUCAGCGAGCAUCAAGUAACUACUAAAAUCUUACAAGCUACUGAUCUACAACAUAAUAAUCGUUGUGCUUAUUUAUUUACUCAGCAUGCAAUAGCGAUUACGGGGGGUACUAUUGCGUUCAGAAUGUCGUCUCUCUGGUCCAGAAAAUGUUUUUUACGAUUUUCAUUGAUGUUGUCCUCGCACUUAAAGCAAAAUAAAUUUCAACAUUAUCAUGAUCAUCUCGCGAUAAUGAAUGCUUCACCACCACCAAGGUACUUCGACUCCCUGUACUCUUGGCUGCGCGAGAGUUCCGUGAAGGCUCCGCCACUUAGCGAGCAGCUGCUUGCUCUUUCGUCCUUAGAGGAGAAGCGAAGGAUGGACUUGAACAAGUUAGAGGAACGACAGACCAAGCGGAAGAAGCUGAUAGAGCAGAAUCAGCCGAUUCCAGAAAACCUCAAAGAGGAGUUGGACGAUCCGCCAUUGCCACGAUGGAACUUGUCGGAGUUAAUGUAUGAACUUCGACUCUUGCGAGGUGAACAGCUACUCCAGUUUUUGCGCGAUCGCAAACUAGUGGCAGAAGCAGCGGCUCCUGCCACCGCUACUGAGAGUGGUACAACAAGCGCUGGUGGUGCAGAUGAAGAUAGUAAGAACAACAGUACAACUAGUAGUACUACAAUAUUGAAUAGUAGUGGAGGUGACACAACAACAUCCAAAACGGGAGAACAAAAGGAGCAGGCUACAGCAGAUACCACAACAACAACUUCUGGAGUAGACCAGGCUGGAGCUGCAGGAACAACAACAACUCCGACUCAAAGUUCAGCUACAACAACAGCUACAACUACUUCUGUUGCGAAAAAGAGGAAGCUGGAUUUGAGCGGUCCCUUUCUGCUGGAGGUACCAGAAGAUCGCUGGCUUACGACGUUUUUGUACCAGCUAGUAGUGUGCUUCUUCGGCACUUUGUAUCCGUCGUGGUCGCCAUCACCCGAGAGGAUCGGCCUUUACUACCGGCUGUCGCCGAGUGAGGGCGUGGUUGUGCUCCAGAUGCCGGUGGAACUAGCUGCAGCCGCCUUGGAAGGAGGUGGGGGAGGACUUCCCGGAUUGGAAGCUGAGCUGCGCGCUGCUGCCGCGGACCCGCACGGAGCAGGGAACGUUGCUGCCGGCAACGACGUCCUCAACAGGAUUGCGGCUCCCCAACAACUGGAGGGCCAAGGAGGAGCGGAGCAAAAUGCACAAAAUGCGGGGGACGAGGACGACGUGUCCGUCUCACUCAGUGAAGACAGUGAAGAGGACUGAAAAACUUUUACUUCUUCUAAGAAAGACUAGUAUGUAAUUUCCAUCCUUCCCCCUGAACUUCUGCUCCCCGCUAACGUAAUGAAUCUUCCCAGCAUUACGUUAGCGGGGAGUAGAAGAUCAAUUACGUUAGCAUAGUAUUUCUAUACUUGCAGAAUAAUAAUUAAUCUUCCCAGCCUAGAAGUAUUGAUAUAGAAAGAUGCUACCCAGCAUUGAGAUUUGAUGACUGUUUACACGUCGUGUGUGCACUUGACGUUAACACAGCCUAACCGCAGUGCGAGCUGCAACACGUAGCUAGAAGAUUCUGUAUCUAACUGGAACAUUGCUGAUUUUAUGCAUAUUGACUGGACGUUACUUGACUUUUUAAUAUAUCUCCUCACGAUAUCAGAUACCAAGAAGAACCUUCGUAAGCAGGUAAAGCAUCAUCUCAUCUUCACACAACCCUAUGAUUGCUUCUCCACACAACCCUAAACUCCACAACCCUGAACUCCAGGACCCUAAUCAUGACCGCAUAAUCAAUAAUAAAGUCCACAUGGCCGCAUAUUAUCGUCCCUUUUAUCGAACCCCCACAGAACUAUGAAUAUUCUGUGACAGCUGCGAACAUUCUGCUAGAGAAACCUCCCUCCAUAUAGUUAAGAUUUUUACUAGAGCUGAUACAAUUUUCUUGAAGCAGGGCUAAGUGCUGAGCAGUGGUGGAAGCUGUUGCCAGCAUGGUUUAUAGCUCUACGAGCCUGUGGCUGGGUGUCUCAAAAACGACAGAGCUACAACAGACACCUAUCUACGGUUCCGACUGAGUCUCAAGUGAUGUCAAUAUGUUUCCUGUCACAACAGAGACAAGGAGUUUUUCUAUGCUCAUGGAUUAAAAACCGAAAACGGAUACAGCAGCUUCUACACGUAUCGCUCAUGUAAGUACCUCGAUCGAAGAUCACUGCUAUACUUCUCUGGGGCAACCAAAAAAUCCGCGAAUUAGCAUGCGAUGUUCCUGUCUGGCACACGAUGUUCGUGUCUAAUGUAAAAGUGUACGUUGACUGAAGGUUGUGAGUCUCAAUAUCGCGGCCAUGAUGAACUUGCUUGCUCUACAC